UGGUGAUUAAAUCUUCACUCCUGAUUCUAUGAAUAUUCGCCCAAUUCAUGGUAUCUUGAUCUCUAUACGACGAAGUAGACCCUGAAAACUUAACUGGGCAAGAGCUUAAGGAUUUGAUCAUGCAGGAAGACGAUAAUAUUAUAGUUACCCUUUGGUAUGAAAACAUGGAAAAGAACAGCGAUCAUGAUAAAAGAAACAUGAUUAUGAAAGGAAGUCUGAAAAAAUUACUUUCGAAAUGUCAUGGCAAGGCUUUAUACACUGAAGCUGAUAUGUCAAAAUAUAAUAGAGAUAAAGAGUUUGGUAAAGUAGCACAGGACCUUGGGAUACAACUUAAUGGACUUGAUCAAGGUCCGAUGGUUAUGAUCCUCUACCAACAGCAAGGAGAAAUGUAUUGGGCAACCAAGGAUACCUUAAUUAUCAAACUCUUAAAGAAAGUUGAUGUUGAGAUCAGGCACCAACAAAGACACCACCUAAACCACGAAGAUCCAGAAUGCAGAGUAAAUCUCGACUACAGUGAGCUCGACAAACAUUCCGCUCAAAAUUCAUGGGACAACUACCAAGAACCCCCUCCUCCCCCUCCCUCUCCCUCCAGCACCCAGUCCAAGUCACCUUCCAAAUACCACCUAAAAGAGCCAGAUAAAUCAUUUACAUAG